CCACCACAACAUUGUGAUUCUGUCAUCGAUUUAUAAUGAGUUUUGUUGUUAUCAAGAUGAUGAGUACUCAUUACUAAAAGUGUUUUAGUAAUGAGUGAAGAUGUCACGUUAAAAUACCAGUAUGCUUCACGUUUAACAGACUAUAGCAGUGAAUAUGGCACAGAAGGAAGCAGUACCUAUGAUGCAAGCAAUGUCACUGGAACUCCUGGUUCCUAUAUAAAUGGUUCAACCUAUGGAGACCAUGUCUCAUCACUUGUUUUCAGAACAUACGGGAAAUAUUGGAAUGCAUUACCUUUUCAUAAACAUUAUAGACCGAUUGGACACCAACCUAGCUGGUUCCAAGCCUCAGAUUUCAUAGAACUUGAAUUUGAUAUUCCAGUCUAUCCUACUGAUGUUCGUGUAUAUGAGACAUUCUGUCCUGGUGGGCUGGUCAGAAUAUUAAUAUCAGAUCUUGGAACUGAAAUUCCAGAGGGGACCUCUCAUUUGUCAAGCUGGAAAGUUCUUUGGUCUGGUGCCAGUUUUAAAGGUGAACAUCUUUACACUAUAGCAACUCCAAAGUUACCGAAACUCGACAAGAACUCAAUUGCUACUUGUAGGUUGCGUUUGGAAUUUGACGAUAAACUGGCUGAGUACUACCAUGAGCUAGAUGCUGUGGAACUUGUAGGUCAUCCUUGGACCAAAGGCAUUACAGCAUCUGAAUAUCUCAUGAAGCGUAUAAAGAAAGCAGUCUCAGUCUCCAUUCCCACUAAGAUGCUAAAAAGUCUCAAAAUUGUGGACAAAGAAGCUGCAAAACAAGAUGAAAAGCUUGCUGAAGCUGCAACUCAGUUUUGUGAAUCUGAACCGAAAGUAAACUAUUUUGAUAUCCUUCCACCAGAAGUUAUAGAAAUAAUCAUCAGUUAUAUUGGAGACUUUAGACAUCGUGCUGAGGUUGCUAAAGUUUGUCAAUUGUUUCAAAAGAUGGUGACUGAUAGAACAGCUGUCAAAGAGUUGAACUUCAAACCUUAUUACACAAAGAUAAAUGGAGAAACUCUGGUCAAUCUCACUUCAAAUUACAGUCAUGCCAUUACAAAACUAGAUUUGUCAUGGACAGGCUUCAACCAUGGAAGUAUAGAUUCAAAGGUAGCAGUUGAGAGUCUGAAAAGUCUUCCUAAUCUUCUGGAGCUGAAAUGUAGAAACUGCCAAUACUUUGUUCAUGAUGAGUUUUUGAUGUGUCUUGCAACGCACUGCAAGAAAUUGAAGUUGCUCGAUCUAUUCCGCUGUAAAGGAUUUACACUCCCUCUACUAAAACCCCUUAAACACUUGGAAUAUCUGGACAUUUCCCAGUGCUUCAAAACAGUUGACUAUACCAUUUCCAAGAUAGUGGAGGGAUGA